UGUGUACGGCGUAAGGUAGCGCAUGCCAGCCGCUGCGCCGGGGUAUCCAGCAACAACAACGGUAUCGUACAGUCGGUGUUAUGGUCGGACACUGUGUGUGCGGUCUCCGUGGCGACUCAACAAUGGGACAUAACGCCGCUGCCUUAUAGAUCGUUUGGGCAGGAGAUCCAAAGAUGGCGGAAGCGGUGAAGGUAAUCGUGAGGUGCCGGCCCAUGAACAGCCGAGAGAUCCAAAUGAAGAGCAAGAACGUAGUGCUGAUGGACUCUGAGCGAUGCACCUGCUCGCUGAUAAACCCCAGGGACAGCUCCGCGCCGCCAAAGACCUUCACCUUCGAUGGUGUCUACUACAUCAACUCUACCACCGAGCAGAUCUACAACGAGAUCGCGUAUCCUCUGGUAGAGGGAGUGUUAGAAGGCUACAACAGUACUGUUUUCGCCUACGGGCAGACCGGCUGUGGCAAGAGUUUCUCGAUGCAAGGAGUAGAGAGCCCGCCAGCCCAGAGGGGGAUCAUUCCGCGGGCAUUCGAGCACGUGUUUGAGGCUAUCUCCCUGGUGGAGGACGUCAAGUAUCUCGUACUAGCCUCCUACCUGGAGAUAUACAACGAGGAGAUCAGAGACCUGCUGGGCAACGACACCAAGAAACGCCUUGACCUUAAAGAGAAUCCGGACCGUGGUGUUUACGUCUGUGAGUUAUCACAUCACACCGUGGCGUGUGUGGCGGACUGUCAGGAUCUGAUGGAACGAGGAUGGAAAAACCGCUCCACGGGGGCAACCUUGAUGAACGCUGACAGCUCCAGAAGUCACUCCAUCUUGAUUGAGCGUGUCUGUGUCUGUGUUGUAGAGUUAUCACAUCACACCGUGGCGUGUGUGGCGGACUGUCAGGAUCUGAUGGAACGAGGAUGGAGGAACCGCUCCACGGGGGCAACCUUGAUGAACGCUGACAGCUCCAGAAGUCACUCCAUCUUGAUUGAGCGUGUCUGUGUCUGUGUUGUAGAGUUAUCACAUCACACCGUGGCGUGUGUGGCGGACUGUCAGGAUCUGAUGGAACGAGGAUGGAGGAACCGCUCCACGGGGGCAACCUUGAUGAACGCUGACAGCUCCAGAAGUCACUCCAUCUUGAUUGAGCGUGUCUGUGUCUGUGUUGUAGAGUUAUCACAUCACACCGUGGCGUGUGUGGCGGACUGUCAGGAUCUGAUGGAACGAGGAUGGAGGAACCGCUCCACGGGGGCAACCUUGAUGAACGCUGACAGCUCCAGAAGUCAUUCCAUAUUCAGCGUGUCUGUGGAGAUGAUGCCCAUGUCCGAGUGUCUUGAAGCGGGUCCCAUUAGGCGAGGCAAACUGAGUCUCGUGGACCUGGCUGGCAGCGAGCGCCAAGCAAAAACCGGUGCUUCUGGGGAUAGACUGAAGGAGGCCACCAAGAUUAACCUGUCACUGUCAGCACUUGGAAAUGUAAUAUCCGCGCUGGUGGACGGCAAGGCGAAGCACAUUCCAUACAGAGACUCCAAGCUGACUAGGCUACUGCAGGAUUCUCUGGGAGGCAACACCAAGACACUGAUGGUCGCCUGCCUUUCCCCGGCUGACAACAACUACGACGAGACACUGUCUACGCUGCGCUACGCUAAUCGAGCUAAGAACAUCACCAACCAGCCCCAUAUCAACGAGGAUCCCAAGGACACCAUGCUGAGAGAAUAUCAGGAAGAGAUCAGGAAGCUAAGAUCUCUUCUGGAGGCCAAUGUAACGACACUACCCGUCACUACAGAUGAACUAAUUUUGUCUCCACUUCUGGCUGUGAGUGCAGUGGUGGAGGAGGAUGACAACUUGCAGACAGAGAGGGACAAGAUGAGGAGAGAGUACGAGAAGGAAAUGUCUGCUCUGAGGGAGCAGUUCCAGGCCAUGCAUCUGUCCAAGUGUCAAGUACAAAACGAUCUCCUGGCACUGAAGGAGCAAUAUGACCGAGAUCUCGCCAGGAUAAAUUCACAGUCUCAAAAUAAGCACCAUUUACUUCCUGUCACUCCAACUCAAAAAAUCGUCGACGAAGUACUCAACAGUGACAACGUGAAGCUCACUGCUGCUCAACAAGAGAUUUUGAAGAGAUUACAGAAGCUGCAGGCCAGCAUGGUUGGGGGCGAGCGAGCAGACGACAAGGAGCUGAAGGAAAGGCGGCUAGGAAGGAAGCGAGCGGCCGAGCGCAGACUGCAGGCUCUGGCGAGAGUCUUGGCGAGAGUUGAGGACGAGGACAAGUCAGGGUUGAUGCUCGGGGUUUAUGAUGACAUCCAGGAAGAGAUGAAGGGCAUCAUUCGCAAACACAAGACUAAGCUGAGAGCUCUAGAAAGAGAAAUCACAGAUUUACAGAGCGAGUUUGAGAACGAGCGGACUGACUACCUGGAGACUAUCCGUAAACAGGAGCGUCAGUGCACGUUCUACCAGCAGGUCCUGGACAAGGUUCUGCCCACCUUGAGAAAAGACUGCAACUACUGUAACCUGGAGGCUGUGAGAGCGGAAGCUGUGUGGAGCGAGGACACCAAGUCCUGGACACUACCAGAUCUGUCGACGGUGCCCACAAAACUACCACCGGCUGCUGUUCCAGCAGGUCCCAACUGGGGGAUGACGUUCCAGUCGCAGACGGCUCCAGGGCGGCUGGAGAGCGACGUAUCGUACUCUCCUGUCCAGCUGGACGGCAGGACUCUGAGGCGAAACUCCCCUGACGACCUGAAGCCCGUGGUGGACGCCUGGCGCAAGAAGCUGCAGAAGAGUGACGAGGAAGAUUUUGCUGGCAACUAUUUUAAACCUAAGCGAGCCACAGAGCUGCUGAUUCGAGCCAAGGAGGAAGCGGGCCGAGCAGUUAAUAACUGGAGAGACUCUGUCAGUAAACCAGUGCCAGGAACCACGAUCCCGCCAGUGCCCGGAGGGUUCUCGGUGACGGCUCCUCUCAAUCCUCUGCCUGGCCAAGCUUUCCUCAACAGCUCCUGGGGCGCUGGACAGAUGAGCACCUCCUGGUCAAAUGGUGGCCACAACAGUUUCCGGAUGUCUCCGGAACUGGUCCGGCGACCUGCCAAACUUGAGGCCCUCCCAAUCACAUCCAAGAAGCCGGCCAGAGUACGGGGGCUCAACACACUCGAUACUAUUUGAUAGCAGCACAAAGGCUGUGUAUAUCCUCUACUCUCAUGUGCCUAACCUUUUAUAUUAUAUUUGUAACAUUUGAACAAAGAUUUUAUAGUGUAUAUUUUCUUAUGGUAGAAGAGAGAGCACUGUUAUAAUGACAAGGGACAGAAGUCUCUACAUUACUGGGCGAAUAAAUAAGUAACUGGAUCAAGAUACAGGACCUCAAAACAAUGAAAUAACUUAAUUGAAACAUAUAUUUGAUAUCCUAUUAUUUUAUUGUAUGUAAAUAUUUUGUUAUUUAUCGAAGGUUUGAAACAAGGCGCUCAAAAUAGGGUUCACAUACCAUUAGAUUAGUUACCCUUUACAAAACAUCAAUUUCUUUAAACCCUUUAAAAAUUGUGGCAUGACGGUUCAUUCAAAAUAUUAUAUUUUUUCUCUUAUGAUGAAAAAUUUAUUAAAAUUAGUUUUUUAUUAUUAGGAAAGCAUUAAAAAUAUAAAUGGAAGAUACAUUAAAAAUCGAGUAUACGCUUUUCGAUCAAUUUCAUGUUCUGGUGAUAUAAACACCAUUCAAUGUUUCUUACAAAGUUUUUAAAAACUAUUGGUAUACCAAAUCCAAAUUUUAACAUGUUUUUUGUGGUAGUUAUUCUUUCCUGGAUUAUUGGGGUCAAUCUUUGUGCACAUAUAUUUCAAUUAUAUGAAUGUAAUAAACUGUUUACAAUGACAGGCUUCUUCUAUAAACAGAUUGAAUUCGAAAAACUAAGUAUUAAACUAUUAACCUUUCGUUUAGCAUACAAUGUUCAAUGUUGGUUAUAUGUUAGUUACUUGUGCAUAAAUGUAUAGAUUGGGAGUUUCUAACAAUUACAUUGUGUUUAGACUAAUUAAGCGUAUAAAAUGGCGCCGAAUUAAUCAAACCAUUGAGAUGAUUAUUUUGUGUAGGAAAUUCAUUGUUGGUUACAGUGUUUAUAUUUCAGAUCUUAUAAAAAUGUAAAUCGAGGAAAUGUUUUCCUUAAACAUAUUAUAUUGUUAAAGUUUUAAAAUUGUUUUCGUGUACAUUUUAUAACGUUGUGUGAAAAACUACACAAAACAGUUUAUGUUUGUUAAAUAAUUCAAUAUUUAUUAAACAAAUACAUCUAUAUACGUUUUAAAGUGAUUGGACCUUUGCGUGGCACUCAUAAUAAGCUUUACUAUGAUUUGAUACUUGUCAUUGUUUUUGUUGUUUACCACAUUGAUUUUGUUUUGGAAUUGUUACCAACUGGAGAAUAUUAUACGUGUUUGUCAGACUAAGUUUAAUGAGAUAUAUGAUAAUAAACAAUUUCCAGUUCUUUAUUCAGGCAUGUGGAUUUGUUUUGUAAGUAACUAGUCAAACGAUUUUUUUUUUAAUCUUUCAUUAAGUACUUGUAUUUUUUUAUACAUUCCAAUUGUAGAAAUAUAAUCUGUGCACUUAUUAUUUAUGAAGUUUUGCCUAAAUACCUGACAGGUUUUGAACUACUUGUUACACUUACUUUUUUAAUUGAUUUCUGCUUAACUGGCAUGUACAAAACGUCCAAUUUAGUUAUAAGAAUGACUCUGUAUUGUGAUAAAAGAGAGUUUGUAGUUUAUAAAUUUGAAAUAAAUUUAUAUUUGCUGUU